GUUUCUCUCUACAUCGCAGGGAAUAAAACCAGAGAUAUCCUCUUUCAGAACAAUUGGAUAUUCCAAUACUAGCCCCUCGAAUAUUCUUCCUCUACCGUUAUAUCUCCCUUCCGCCCCUCAUCCUCUUUUAUUCUCUCACCAUCCUUUUCCUUCACUUUCCCUCUUACUUUCUCACUAACCAAACAAACCCUCAAACUCUUUCUUUUCUUCUUCCUCUAUACUUGACAAACAGAAACCAUGAAAUUUGGCAAGAGCCUUAGCAACCAGAUCGAGGAGACCUUGCCUGAAUGGCGAGACAAGUUCCUUUCCUACAAGGAGCUCAAGAAGAGAUUGAAGCUCAUAGAGCCAAACAAAGGUGGAGGUAGGCCUAUCAAACGCCCCAGAUUGGACGCUGGAGAUUGUACAGAGGGCGCCGCCGGAGGAGACAAUAAAGAUGGUAUGACAAAAGAGGAGAUCGAUUUCAUUAAACUGUUGGAGGAUGAGCUCGAGAAAUUCAACACCUUCUUCGUGGAGAAGGAGGAGGAGUAUAUCAUCAGAUUGAAGGAGCUGCAAGAUAGGGUGGCAAAGGCAAAGGAUUCCAAUGAAGAGAUGAUAAAAAUAUGGAAGGAGAUUGUCGACUUCCAUGGAGACAUGGUUUUGUUGGAGAAUUAUAGUGCCCUUAACUACACAGGAUUGGUAAAAAUACUCAAGAAGUAUGACAAAAGAACUGGCGCUCUCAUUCGCUUGCCCUUCAUCCAGAAGGUCUUGCAACAGCCCUUCUUUACCACUGACCUGCUGUACAAGCUUGUGAAAGAGUGUGAGACAAUGCUUGAUCGCCUUUUCCCCAUAUAUGAAUCACCAUCAUUGGUUGAAGCAGUUGAUGGGGACGAAGGAUGUGAUCCUUCAACUUCGGCUACAACCAAGAAUGAUGGUCAUCUCAGAGUGCCCAAAGAACUUGCAGAGAUUGAACUUAUGGAGAGUUCAUAUAUGAAAAGCACCAUUUCAGCAUUGCGGGUUUUGAAGGAAAUUCGGAGCAGAAGCUCUACUGUUAGUGUAUUUUCAUUGCCACCGCUGCAGUUGACUGGGUUGGAGGAUACUUGGAAGAAGGUUCCCAUUCUAGAACAGGUGGCCAAGUAAUUGGAUUUUGAGAAAGGAAAUAGAGCCAGAUAUCACUUUGUUUUGUAAUAUUACUCUUUUCCCUCACCUCCUCUUUUUUGGGUUAUCUUUAGCUCAUAUUUUAGAUACUAACACAGAUGUAAAAGUAAUGUUUAAUUCAAGCUGAAAUGAAUAUUGUACAAGGACAAGUUCUGAUAAAAGUAUCCUUGCACUCUUUGGAAGUUGAAAAAUUGGUGAAACAAUUUGGCUA